CAUAAAUCUUUACUGUCCCCUUGAGACUGUCACUAGUGUUUUAUUGUCUACAGCUUCCUGAACCUCACCUGAUAAAUUAGGAACUGUAGACAUUAAAACCAAAGCCUCAUACAUCAUUUCUGAAGAUAUUUUUGGGGUGACCCUCCGUGGAGAAAUAGGAUUCUUAAUAAGGGGAAAUAUGGGAACUGCUGUCUGCCUACGCACACGCUGCUGGAGACUAGACACUAGGGAGAGGAGGAGUUGCAUACACACAACGCGAGCAUCUGUCUUUGCAUCAGUUUGUACUUACAAAGAGCAAAUCUACCUAUUGAAUUCUCUCGUGUGAUCGUCUGAAACCUGAACCUCACUCUAAAGGGGACACCAGACCACUGAACCUGACUGGCCAGAGAUGGACACAAGAUGAGACUUUCAUUUUUAAGACCUAACUGCGCUCAGCAAGGCACGGGAUAAAAAAAAAAAAAUUUGGAUACCAGCUCUGACAUGGUUACUGUGGCUCAAAAUAGCAGAUGACCAGUUUACCAUACUGACCAUGCUGGCCUUUCUUCAGGACCAUCCUGGACCAGAGAGGCACAGUGAACUCUUACACCGUACGCAAUUCCUGCCCAAAAUACGGCUCCUGAACACAUUCUGCUGGAAACAAACAUGUCCCAUCCUUUACAUUUCUUGAACGGGUCUGGAGCUGACAAUGGAUCUUUGUCACCUCUCCCAGUAACAGGAGAACCCAAAGAGAACUACCCAAAUGACGAGCAAGGGAACAAAGUGCGUUGGGCGGCUUUACUGAUCCUCCUGGUGAUCAUCCCCACCAUCGGGGGGAACAUACUCGUUAUACUGGCGGUGUCUCUGGAGAAAAAGUUGCAAUAUGCUACCAACUACUUUUUAACAUCCUUGGCAGUGGCAGAUUUGCUCGUGGGACUGUUUGUGAUGCCGAUUGCCCUUCUCAUAAUAUUGUUUGAUAAUGCCUGGCCUUUUCCAACUGCCUUGUGUCCUAUCUGGCUGUUCCUUGAUGUCCUCUUUUCCACAGCUUCCAUCAUGCACCUCUGUGCCAUCUCACUAGACCGCUAUAUUGCGAUUAAAAAGCCAAUCCAGGCUAGUCAGUACAACUCAUGGGCUACAACCAUCAUCAAAAUCAUCAUCGUUUGGCUCAUUUCAAUAGGUAUUGCUAUUCCAGUCCCUAUCAGAGGCAUUGAAGAUGGAAAUGGCAACUCUACAAACAUCACAUGUCUUCUGACGCCUGAUCGUUUUCAUGACUUUAUCCUAUAUGGAUCAGUGGCUGCAUUCUUUAUUCCCCUAGCUAUCAUGAUAGUCACUUAUUUUCUGACAAUUCAAGUGCUACGCAAGAAGGCCUACUUGAUCAACAAGCCACCUCAACGUUUGACUUGGUCAACAGUGUCCACGGUUUUUCAGCGUGACCCAACACCUUCCUACUCACCAGAAAAGGUGGCCAUGCUAAACGGCUCCAGAAAGGACAAGACUUUGACCAACGAUAUGCCCAUUUGCAGAAUGUCUACAAUUGGGAGGAAGUCUAUGCAAACCAUAACCAAUGAACAAAGGGCAUCAAAAGUUCUUGGGAUUGUAUUUUUUCUUUUCUUGUUGAUGUGGUGCCCGUUCUUCAUAACUAACAUAAGUUCAGUCCUGUGCAACUCCUGCAACAAGGAAGUUUUUCAAAAGCUCAUGGAGAUAUUUGUUUGGAUAGGAUACGUUUCCUCGGGAGUGAACCCUCUUGUCUAUACACUCUUCAACAAAACAUUUAGGGAGGCUUUCAGCAGGUAUAUCACUUGCAACUAUCAGACCACAAAGCCUGCCAAGAUCCUUCGGAAGUGUUCCAGCAGGAUCUCUUUCAGGAAUUCCGUGACAGAAAAUUCCAAGCUCUUUGUUAUGCACGGGAUGAGAAACGGGAUUAACCCCAUAAUGUACCAGAGCCCAAUGAGGCUGAGGAAUUCACCUAUCCAAGCAUCGUCAGCCAUUCUGCUGGAUACAUUGCUGCUCACAGAAAAUGAAGUUGAUAAAACAGAAGAACAAGUAAGCUAUGUAUAGUGGAAUGGCAGCCAUGUCCAUAUCAUAGUAUUACUGUCUGUAUUAUUCUAGGUAACUGUGCUAUAAGAGGUCAUAAAUACUAUUGUUUUAUUUAUGCAAGCAAUAUCUUAUAAAUUUAUAAGAAAUCUUCGCCUCCCAUUCCAUGAUAAACAAUGACUAUUGCAAAACUGUAUCCUACAGAAAAAGGGAAAUAAAUAAAAGCUAAAUCAAUGUGAGUAUCUAACUUCAGUUCUCAUCAUCUACAGUCUCUUCAUUUAAACCUACAACGGUUUACUCUGGUUUACUCAAAACAGCACACACGCUCACUGCACUGCGUCCUACAGUUCCACUGAUGAGACUGCACAUUCAAAUGCAAGAUUUUCUUUUUCUCUGUAUGGGGGUAUCACAAGCAAAAUCACUAGCUCCAGAGACCAAAAAGUGCCUAUUCACAUUCCACAAGCAGUAAAACCUUUUUUUAACAAGGUGACAAAAAAUAAUAAUAAUCCAUGUGUGGAAAUUAUCCCUGUGGUUUUACUGUAGGGAAGCCAGAAUCUCUUACCCUCCUGAAUUUCAUCACCAUUACUCUCACAUACAAACAAGCUUGGCAUUAUCAAAUUUGUCACAGAAAACUGGCCUUUCUUCUUUUCAUGCUAAGAAAGUGAGAGCGUUUAACUAAAAUAGGGCAAUUCCACAUGAAUGAUCAUAAGUAAAACAGGACAGGCAGUGCCUGGAACAUCCCUUUAAUUUAUACGAACGAAGUUCCUUUUUGUGGCUUUUAGAACUUCAGUAGAAGAUGUCCAUGAUCUGCCAAUUGCUUUCCGAAGAGGCAGCAGGGAUGAGAGCAGUAUCUAGACCUGUAUACGUUAACUGUACAGCUUAGCUCAAAAGCAUUUCAUUGGACUAAUACUGUAAGAUCGCAGGUCCCAUCCUGUACUCUCUCAAGCACAACACCGGUAAAUCUCAUCUUCUGUGAGAACACAAAAUUCAUAGAAAGAAUUGCUUUUCACAAUCCAGAAAAGCUAAGAUUAUCAUCUAAGAAGUCAGGAGCUUUUGACAGUCCCAGACCAUAUCCCCUUUGGGAAGGGAAAUCACAUUUCCCCAAAGUACUGGAGUUCUUACAGUAAGCAGCCAGUUCACCAUUUGUUCCCCUGUAGUUUCCAUUUACAGUAGAAUUUUCAGCCCAAGCUUUGUUUUCAUUUUUAAUGUUUUCAGAGCUCUUUAGUUACACGCUUAAAUUAUGUACAGCAAAAAGCUUAGUUUUUUAUCCACAGAACAGAAAGUACUAAA